UACUCAAUCUACGCACACUACGAAAUGAAGCUCAACAGCAUCGUCACGUCUGCUCUAUCCACCCCAGGAACAAUCCUGACUUCUACUGUAUUCACAACCAUAACUUCCACCGUGACCACCGGUUCAGCCAGUACAGCAUACAAAUUUGUGCCAGGAAACCCUCCAUCGUCAACGCCGUCUCCAACGAGUGCCGCUGUACUUCGUCAAGGUGAAAGGAGCGCUUCUACGCCAGCCGACGUAACCAUCGCCAGUACCGUCACCGAAGUAACGACCAUCAAAGCGCUAGCUACAACCAGCACUCUCUACCCCUGCGCCAGUCCCUUCCCUUCCCUAACACCUACAUUACCAUACGGCGACGCCUCGCUUCCCAGCAACUUUUCAACCCAGAAUUCCCUCUUCGCACUCACAUCUACGAGGGAAGGCGCUUCCGCUCAAGCCUGCUGCAGUGCAUGCUUCUUUGAACUAGCAAACUGCAUCCAGGCAUAUUGGUACAGCUAUGAGGGAUGUGUAGUAUCACUGGCUAUCAAUGCAUCGCUCGCGGGAUCAGCGUCUGGGAAACAUGUCAGUAGGAAUUGCCCGGCGGGUAUAUUCAAUGGAUUGUCGUACGAAAGGGACAUGAACCCUGCAUUCAGAAGUACAGGAAAUAUUGCAGGACCGUGUGUAUUGUAUGGCCAGCUUCGUGUAGAAGUGUCGAAGUGGGCCGAUCUGGAUAUCAUCAACAUGUCGCUCAAUACAGUCACAAAAGGCGUCGGCAACACCACAGGAAGCCUCAACAAGACCGUCGACUCCACCAAAAAAGGCGAUGUCUCAUCAACAGUCAAACAAACCAAGAAGCAAGCCGAUACAGCGACCAAAGAUCUAAGUGGAGUCUCGGUUCCCGGCGAAUUCCCAGACAAUGACAGGGCCAACGAUAAGAAGGCACAGGAGAUGCCUCAGGUGUCCAUUCCAUCCUUCUCCUCGAUGCUACAGUGGCUGAUGGACAAGUUUGAGUCCACAGUCAGAAAUUUCAUUUCCAAAUACCUGCCGCAGCAGCGUCAAGAAGCUAUAUAUAAAUCAGCCAUGUCACGGCCUAUGGCUACAACGUUUAUUAUUUGUCAAUUGAUCUGUUGCGGUGUUCCACUCCUUGUCUUUAUGGCGGGUGUAUUCAUCUUUGCCGCUGUUGCGAUCUUGCUUUGGGCGAUUCUGUCGCUACUAGUCCUCGGUCCUGUACUAUUGGUCACCGGCUGUUCAGGAUUCCUCAUGUGGGGAUGGGGCUGGCUCUUUUACUCUUUCAUCAAAUGGGUCGAUCAGCGAUUCUUGGGAGGGGUACUUACCAGAUUCUUCUUGCCAUUAUCUUCUGGCGCAGAUGAUGAUACACGACGUACCGAAGAGGAGGAUAAGGAGUCAGGCAGCAGCGAGAAGAAAAAGCCUUAA